AUGGAGGAGAAAAAUUAUGAUAAAUUAUGGUCAGAUGGUAUUCCAUCAGACAUACUCGGAUUAAUAUCAUCCCAUCUUGUUGCUGCUGAAUACUUUGUAUUCCGUGCCAUUUGUAAAAAAUGGCGCUAUGCUCCCCUAAUAACUCAACAAUCAUCAUCUUCGCAAUCCCCUUGUUUGAUGACCUUGCAUAAAGAAACAGGCAUAGUAGAAUUCUUUGAUCCGGUGUACAAUGUCGUAACUACUCAAAAGAUGGGCAUUCCAAGAUUAAAGGGGGCUCGAAUUCGAAGCUCAAAAGCUAAUUGGUUGCUCAUGAGUCAUGGCAACCGCGGCAUGUUCUUUUACAAUCCUAUUAGCAAUGACAUAAUUGAACUCCCUGAUCUACUAGAGGAGCACAGAAAUUCUUGCUCUUCUUGGACUUUUUCGUGUCCUCCUAACUCAUCAUUGAAUUGUUUCGUGGUUGGUUUUGAAGCCUUGGGUUAUGUCCCAGACGUGUACAUCCUCAAAGUUGGAGAUACUACAUGGACGUACCACUACUCCUUGGACCUAGGAAAAUUUUGGGCAACCGGGUGUAAUAAUCCGAUAUUUUUCAAAAACAAUACUAUCUAUUUACUAGGUGAUAAAGGUAAUUUGGGAACACUAAGCAUCAAGGAAAACUCAGCUACACAAAGACCGAGGUGGAAAUUUUACGGGAGUUAUUUUCCAAGAUCGAAACAAAGAUUAAUUCGAAAGGCAUACAUGGCAGAAGAUGGCGAUAAUGGAGGAAUGUUAGCUGUGAUUUUAAGUCGCGAAAAAGGGGAUGUAGAGGUUUGGAGGUACAAAAUAAAUGGAAAAGAAUUGGAGAGGGAACAAAUAACAAGUUUGGAUAAUAAAACAUUGUUUGUAAGCUCCGGAGGAUCGUACUUGAAAACAUGUGUUGCACAGGGACUAGGAAACAAAAUAUAUUUCCCAAUGUUUCACGACAACAAGGGCGUUUUCUACUGUUUGGCCAAUUGCAAAUACUACUCCUUCGAUUACUCUGUCAACAAAACUUACUCAAGUCCAAAUAUUUUCAACUUGGUCCAACCAAAAUCCUGCAUUUGGAUCGAACCACAGAAUAAUGAUUAA